GUCCCCACACUGUAUACUGCGCCGCGGUGCUAAACUACGCCUCAUUAGGUUACAUUUCUGAUUUCUCCACUCUUUGUGCGGCGGCGAAACCGUAGCUGUACUAUCAAAAUGGUGGCGGCGAAGAAAACUAAGAAGACUCAUGAGAGCAUUAACAACAGAUUGGCUCUGGUGAUGAAGAGCGGCAAAUUCACCCUUGGUUACAAAACCGUGCUCAAAACUCUCCGCAGUUCAAAAGGGAAAUUGAUUCUAAUUUCGAACAACUGCCCGCCGUUGAGAAAAUCGGAGAUCGAGUAUUACGCCAUGCUCUCCAAAGUUGGUGUUCAUCACUACAAUGGAAAUAACGUUGAUUUGGGAACUGCUUGCGGAAAGUACUUUCGAGUUUCAUGCCUCAGCAUUGUUGAUCCAGGUGAUUCGGACAUCAUCAAGUCAUUGCCCAGCGAACAGUGAGAAGAGACUUUUCGUUGACUUUUUCGAUUUCUUGAAAUUGAUCCUAUUUUCACAUGUAGAACUUCUUCGGAUGAGUUAAAUUUCUUUGACAUGAUAGUUUAUGUGUUAUUUGUUGACUUGUUAUCCGUAUCGAGUUUUUGCGUGCCUUUGGC